ACCCUUCUCAAUUCCAGUCGUGUUCACAUUAAACCACGAACUGGCACCAAGUAACUCGCUGCCAUCCGAACUUUAAGCAUCUAUAUAAUUUUCUCAUACUAAGCCAAUUAAUAAUUUCAAAUAACUUUGUUUAAUUAAGUUAAAAAUUCAACAGUCCUUACCUAACACCUACAUAAGUACAUACAUUCGUUAGAUAAAUAUUUAUAUUUUACGCCUCAUAUAAACCGUUGCAAACGAACAGAAACACUUACCCAGCGUCAAAGCGAUUGAAAUUUCCUGUAAUUUUACACCCCAUCUGACAAUUAAGUACGUACGCGUUGUUUUUUACAUUGACACUGCGGUUACCACAGUGCGGUAAAUUAAUAAUUAAAUUGUAAACAAUUUACAUAUUUACAUAAUCAAUAUUGCCAUUGUUAAAAAUUCCUGGAACAGCGUUUCAUGCAGGUGGAUGCUUUUAAAAUGUGUGAAUUGUUGACAAAACUAAUGUGUGAAUAGUAGUGAAUUUUCUCUUACGGACAAUAAAUUGAACUCGUUUAAGGACACCAGUCUUUUACGAAUAAAAGUCUGCAAACUCAACAGAGAAAUAUGGAUCUAAAGCCAGACAAGAAGUGGGAUUGUUCAAAGGGCUCAAAAGCGUUUAAAAGUAAUUACGAGUUGACUGACCACCUGGUAAUGAACGCUCCCGAUGCUAACGUCAAAUGUGAGGUUUGUAACAAAGUUUUUAAAAACAGACGCAACUUAUCUGCUCACCUGAGGAGACUUCACAGCAAUCGGAAACGACCAAGUUGUGACACUUGUCACCGAGAGUUAUCCACCCCUGCGAAUUUACGGCGACAUAUUGACUCCUUUCACAGCGCGAGCGAAGCACAUCGCUUCCUUUGCACAUUUCCCGGAUGUGAGAAAACUUACCAGCACAUCCGUAGUCUUUUGCAUCACGUGAGAAUUGAACACGCCGAAAAUGCGGUCCGUCAUUCGUGCAAGCUUUGCGGAAAGGACUUCAAAACUAGGCCUGAACUUGAGCAACACAUUCCCACUCACACGACGGAGAAGCCGUACAAUUGUGCCACUUGUGGGAAGAGUUUCGCCCACAGGGGAACCAUGAAGGGUCACGAGAAGACGCAUUUGGAAAAAUCCGCCCGAAAAGUGCUGCAAUGUCACGUCUGUCCUCAGACCUUCAUCAGCAAGGAAGGGCUACGUCUCCACAUCCGAGUUGUGCAUGAAAAUCAGAAGAAUUAUCCGUGUACAUUGUGUGACAAGAGAUUUUCCAAGUCAUCAAACUUGAAGGGUCACGUGGAGGCGAGGCAUGCCACGAAUAAAGAACUGGUCCAUUCCUGCGACAAAUGCGAGUACAAAAGCCACUCGAAACAAUAUUUGGCCGUACAUACAAUACGUCAUGAUGCGCCGAGGUAUGGAUGUUACUUUUGUGGGAAGAAAUUAUUCACUUCUCGCGAGUUGGUUAGUCAUUUUCGAGUUCAUACUUUAGAAAUGUUAAAAUGUAUUUAAAUAAGUGUGUAAUGUAAUAACCUUCCAAGCAUUUCCGACUUAAUAGUUCAGUUGUAAUACUUUUAUUGUAUUUAUUUAUUUAUGCAGUGAGGAUUUCAAUAAUUUACGAAUUUUUAUUAUAUUUUCUAAAAUUUGGCAAAACUUUUUUUUGUAGAAAACGAUGAGAAAUUUUUCUGUCAUAACUGAGCAUGCUCUCUAGAUUUCACUAUACAUGUAUGUAUUUCAAUACGAAAUAUGUAAGUUUGUUGUGAAUGGGCCCACUUGAGCUUACGAAGAUUAUAUGUACAUACAUACACAAAAUUAAAAACUACCCGUUUUAUGGGACUGAUUAUUUUAAUUAAUAAACAGAGAGGUUUUAAGCAGA